GCGUUCUCGGCGCUGCGCGGAGCAGAGUGGCGGGCACCGGGCCGCAGGGGGCGCGGGCUGGGGCCGGGGCCGGGGCCUGAGCGGAGCCGGAACCGAGCCCAGGGUCGGGCCCAGGGAGCCGAAGCCGGGGCCGGGCGAAGAGCAGCCAUGGCGCCGCGCAGGGCCGGGGCCCGUGCCGUUGCGGGCGGCCUGGGCGCCGAGUAACCGGGCCGGGCCGGAGCGCGGGCGGCGGCGGCGGCGAAGGCAGCUGCGCCCGCGCCCCCGCCCUCCCAGGCCCCGCGCCCCGCGCCGCCGGCGAUGGUGACACAUGCGGCGGCGGCGCGCCGGCGGCAGGACCAUGGUUGAGCGCGCCAGCAAGUUCGUGCUGGUGGUGGCGGGUUCAGCGUGCUUCAUGCUCAUCCUGUACCAGUACGCGGGCCCGGGGUUGAGCCUGGGCGCGCCCGGCGGCCGCGCGCCGCCUGACGACCUGGACCUCUUCCCCACACCCGAUCCGCACUACGAAAAGAAGUACUACUUCCCGGUGCGCGAGCUAGAGCGCUCGCUGCGGUUCGACAUGAAGGGCGACGAUGUGAUUGUCUUCCUGCACAUCCAGAAGACCGGUGGCACCACCUUCGGCCGCCACCUCGUGCAGAACGUGCGCCUCGAGGUGCCCUGCGACUGCCGGCCCGGCCAGAAGAAGUGCACCUGCUACCGACCCAACCGCCGCGAGACCUGGCUCUUCUCCCGCUUCUCUACGGGUUGGAGCUGCGGGCUGCACGCCGACUGGACGGAGCUCACCAACUGCGUGCCGGGCGUGCUGGACCGUCGCGACCCCGCCGCGUUGCGCACGCCCAGGAAGUUCUACUACAUCACCCUGCUGAGAGACCCCGUGUCCCGCUACCUGAGCGAGUGGCGGCACGUGCAGCGGGGGGCCACAUGGAAGACGUCGCUGCACAUGUGUGAUGGGCGCACACCCACGCCUGAGGAGCUGCCACCCUGCUACGAGGGCACAGACUGGUCGGGCUGCACGCUGCAGGAGUUCAUGGACUGCCCGUACAACCUGGCCAAUAACCGCCAGGUGCGCAUGCUGGCCGACUUGAGCCUGGUGGGCUGCUACAACCUGUCCUUCAUCCCUGAGGGUAAGCGGGCCCAGCUGCUGCUGGAGAGCGCCAAGAAGAACCUGCGGGGCAUGGCCUUCUUCGGCCUGACAGAGUUCCAGCGCAAGACGCAGUACCUGUUCGAGCGGACGUUCAACCUCAAGUUCAUCCGGCCCUUCAUGCAAUACAACAGCACGCGGGCAGGUGGCGUGGAGGUGGAUGAGGACACCAUCCGGCGCAUCGAGGAGCUGAACGAUCUGGACAUGCAGCUCUACGACUACGCCAAGGACCUCUUCCAGCAGCGCUAUCAGUACAAGCGGCAGCUGGAGCGCAGGGAGCAGCGCCUCAAGAGCCGAGAGGAGCGUCUGCUGCACCGCGCCAAGGAGGCGCUGCCGCGGGAGGACGCCGAGGAGCCCGGCCGCGUGCCCACUGAGGACUACAUGAGCCACAUCAUCGAGAAGUGGUAGUGGUGGCCAGCCGUGGGGGGUGGCCCCUUGGGGGCGGGGGGCGGGAUGGGAAGCCCAAACCAGAGAACCCACGCAGAACUCUGCUGGGAAGAGGGUCCCAGGUGCGCUCACCAGAAGGCAGAUGCGUGCUGAGCAAGGAUGACGAGUGGGACAGGACGCGGGCGGGGCUAGUUUUCACUGCUCCUCCCAGACCACCGUGUGAGGAGUCAACCAGUGCAACCCUCCAGAAGGGGGCUGUGCUUGAGGGGCGCCCCAGGCAAGGGCUGCCCGCAGGUGGCGUCCGUGUUUUCCCGGCCUCCACUCACUCACAGUGGCCGAAGUUCUGAAGACAAGAAAAAGCAGAGUAGAGACAACACUCACCCUGCCAGGAGCAUGUCCUACACCCACUGUGCACCCCUGCUUGCUCUCUCCCCACUGCAGGCCAGCAGCGGCCUGACACCAGCUCCAGAUACCCUCCCAAACUCGGGCCACCCAGGCAGUCCCUUGGUCCCUGGGGCCCCUGGGCCAGAGUGAAGCCCGUCCCUGGGCACAUAGGCAGCCCCUUGAGGUGUCCUCAGGAAUGGAGCUCCUAGCUCACCCAUCUUCAGUGGUCAGAGCCCACCUCGCCUAAAGCCGAGAAGACUAUAGUCCUUCCCUCCUUGGGAAGCCCACUCUCUCUCUGGCCCAAGGUCAAAACACACAGUCUAGCUUUAUGCUUUGGGUCAGGAGAUCAAAGCACACCUCUGGAGCCCUUCCCCCCCAUUUCCCACAGUCCUCAGGCUGAGGAGGGCUGCAGGGAGAUGGGCCCACAUGCACUGCCCCCCAUUCUGAGGGCAGAGUGCAUCCCAGGAGUAGGAAGUCUGUGUCCAAGGAUGCUGCCACCUGUGUCCAAGCACCCCCCCCCCCUUGCCUUUGGGGAUGGCCACCUAGCCAGACCAGCCAGACAGGAGGAGAAUUUCCCCUGCCCCAUAUACCUUUCCGACCCUCUGAGAUACGGUAGACUGUCCCUGGGCCCCGGGAUCAUACCCACUGUUCCCACAACCCCAUGUGCAAAAGUACAAUCGAGCCUCCACUGGCUAGAACACAGCAGACUGUACCUGCUGCUCAUGAACCAUAUCUUGGGGUUGUGGUGGUUCUGUAUGGCCAGGAGAGGGGCCUCAGACUUUCAGAUUCUCAACUAGAGUUGGAAGAAAUGCUCUCGGUGGCUUCCUAGUACCCAGAUACACAGCCCUUCCCACCCCAGGCUCUCCCUACAUUGCCCUUUGCCCACCCCCUGCCCACCAGCAGGUCAGGCCCUGUUCCUGGCAGCCCUACAGUUUGGAGAAGCCAUGUUCCAUAUCCGUUGUAGACCCUUCCUCUGUGCCCUACCCCUCUUGUGCUCCAGGAAGUCAGGCCACUGUCUCCUGUGGGGGUGUUUUUCCCACAUGAGGCCCAAAACCUAGAUUCUGGGGAGCAGAGUGUGAGUCCCACACCCAAGGUGGUUGAGUGCCCUGUCUCUCCAGGAGAGGACCCACACGUGCCUGCAGGCACAAGGGUGGUGAGGGCCAGGGCUGGCAUGUUGGAGGGCGGCAGCCUCACGGGCAGAUUCUACCAGGGACCUUCCUCCCUGCCCCAUUUUGUCUUCAGCCAUCACAGCUGUCCCACCAGAGAGGUGUGGAAGCAAGGAACCUUCUGUAGCACAAGAAAUGCUAAUGUGUUGUCAAAUGAGGUAGCCACCAGGAGGAAGCAGCCUCUGAUCUUUGCCUGCCUGCAGUGGGAUGGUGACCAUACCUCCUGCUUCCUACAACGACCACUUCAUCUUGUAGUCCCAGGGCAGUGGUCCGCAGCCUGGAAUAGGCACCAUGCUCACCCAGCCUGGGACCACUGCCAGAGUGGGUGCAUCAUGCUGAGCGGACGAGCAUCCAGGAGAUACAGUGGUUCUCUUGGGGUAGUGAAGGUCAGCAUGGGGGAUCCAUUCUGAUACUCAUCCUUUGGGCAUGCUCCAGGGAGGAGUGUGGGACACGUUCAUGAGAACUCGGGGGUCUCGCACAAGCACAUCAGGUGCUGGGGGCUUGCUGUGGCCUCCGUCGGGAGGUGGUCAUUUUCAGGGCAUACAUGGAAAGCUCGGCCGUGUUCUGCCCCAGUCCCUGGUUACCUGGCCCUCCUCGAGGUGGGUUUCCUGUGUGUGUAGGCUUGGGUGUAGGAUCUGUUCUGUACAUACUGGAAUGUUUUAACUUAUGAUCCGUUGUCCCAAUUCACACGGAAACACGGGUCUCUCCUUGGUUUCUUUGCUGCAUCUGGAAACCGGUCCCAUCCGGGGCCAGCACUCAGGCCGAGGUGCCCAGAGACAGCAGCAGCUGCCAGUGCCCCUAGGCCCCUCGGGCCUCCAGUCCAGCACCUCCGCUCAGGCCACCUGCGUGGAGGUGAAGGUUCCUCGUGCCUGCAGCAUCUCAUCCGAUGCUGUCACCUGCUGGGGCUACACAGAAGGGGCGCCCCACCCAGGGGCUCUGCCUAGGGCCACAAGGACAGAGGCAACACGCAGUGAGCAAACAGCCCACUCCCCACACAGACCUGCAACAUACCCUCCCGGAGGAGGAACUAGGGACGGCAGAACUGUCCAAGCAAUGAGUCUGUGACCUUGUUGGGAACUGGAAGUGUUUAACUUGAACCCAGGAGCGUUUAAAGCUUUAUUUAUUUAUAGCUUCUUAUUAAAAAAAAAAAAAUGUUGAGAAGAAAUCUUUUGGUUAUUCAUACAAGACAAGUUGGUGAUGGAAAGCAAGUCAUAAUCAUCUAAUUGUUUUUGUCUAGGUCAAGAAUGAAUGUUAGCAGAUGAAAUAAACCCUUGACAAGGA